CCGUUGUCCGUGUCCAUCCUUCUGAACUCUUGGUUCCCACAGAGGAAGCCAUCCUGCUGAAGCGAGCCUCUAGGGAGCUUCCUUUUGUUUCUUCAAGAUUAACCAGUUCUGCCCUGGCAGCAGUAGCAGGCAACCCUAGAAGGAGAGACUCUUCUGGGCUUUUGGUAUUUUUCCAAGGAGUGUUUUUCUCCCCCAGUUCCUCGCUGGUGGCGUAGCUGCUUUCCUACAAAGCCACCUUCUUUUUCUGAUGAGAUGCUGAUUCUUAUCUGUCAUCUAGCAGCUUCCGGUAGCGAACAGCUUUUGAAACCUGGUGAAACAUAAUCAGGUCCAAUAAUGUUCUGCAGUGAAAAGAAAUCUCUUGAAGUGGAACGGAUAGUGAAAGCCAAUGACCGUGAAUAUAAUGAAAAGUUCCAGUAUGCAGAUAAUCGUAUCCACACAUCCAAGUACAGCAUUCUUACCUUCUUGCCAAUUAAUUUAUUUGAACAGUUCCAAAAAGUGGCAAAUGCCUAUUUCCUUUUCCUUCUGCUUUUACAGCUGAUUCCAGAAAUCUCCUCCUUGACCUGGUUUACCACCCUUGUGCCUUUGGUCCUGGUAAUAACUAUGACAGCCAUGAAAGAUGCCACAGAUGACUAUUUUCGCCAUAAGAGUGAUAAUCAGGUGAAUAACCGGCUAUCUGAAGUGCUCAUCGACAGCAAACUACGGAAUGAAAAAUGGAUGAAUGUCAAAGUGGGAGACAUCAUUAAAUUAGAAAAUAACCAAUUUGUUGCUGCUGAUCUGCUUCUCCUAUCCAGUAGUGAGCCACAUGGCCUCUGUUAUAUUGAAACUGCUGAGCUUGACGGGGAAACGAACCUUAAAGUCCGCCAUGCGCUAUCAGUUACCUCAGAACUUGGAGCAGACUUUAGCAGACUUGCAAAAUUUGAUGGGAUUGUUGUCUGUGAGGCGCCUAACAACAAAUUAGAUAAAUUCACCGGAGUUCUCUCCUGGAAGGACAGCAAGCACUCCCUCAACAACGAGAAUAUAAUCCUGAGGGGCUGCAUCCUGAGAAACACCAGCUGGUGUUUUGGAAUGGUUAUUUUUGCAGGUCCUGACACUAAAUUAAUGCAGAACAGUGGUAAGACAAAGUUUAAGAGGACAAGCAUUGAUAGACUGAUGAAUACUCUAGUACUAUGGAUUUUUGGGUUUCUGGUAUGCUUGGGAAUUAUUCUUGCAAUAGGAAAUUCAAUCUGGGAGAAUCAAGUUGGAGACCAAUUCAGAACUUUCCUCUUUUGGAAUGAAAGAGGGAAGAACUCUCUGUUCUCAGGAUUCUUAACAUUCUGGUCAUAUAUUAUUAUUCUCAACACAGUUGUACCCAUUUCAUUAUAUGUGAGUAUGGAAGUAAUUCGUCUGGGACACAGUUAUUUUAUAAACUGGGAUCGGAAGAUGUAUUACGCUGGAAAAUCUACACCCGCUGAAGCCCGGACGACCACUCUCAAUGAGGAACUGGGUCAGAUUGAAUACGUUUUCUCCGACAAAACGGGCACCCUCACCCAAAACAUCAUGACUUUUCAAAAGUGUUCCAUUAAUGGGAAAAUCUAUGGUGAAGUUCAUGAUGACAUGGGUCAGAAAACAGAUAUAACUAAGAAAAAUGAGCCUGUGGAUUUCUCAGUCAAUCCCCAAGCAGAUAGAACAUUUCAGUUCUUUGACCACCGUCUGAUGGAAUCUGUUAAACUGGGGGAUUCCAAAGUGUAUGAAUUUCUUAGGUUACUUGCCCUUUGCCACACCGUAAUGUCGGAGGAAAAUAGUGCAGGACAGCUGAUUUACCAAGUUCAGUCACCUGAUGAGGGGGCUUUAGUGACUGCUGCAAGAAAUUUUGGGUUCAUUUUUAAGUCUCGAACCCCAGAGACAAUAACAAUAGAAGAAUUGGGAACACUGGUUACUUACCAACUGCUCGCCUUCUUGGACUUCAACAACAUCAGGAAGAGGAUGUCUGUCAUAGUUCGAAAUCCAGAAGGACAGAUAAAGCUUUAUUCCAAAGGAGCAGACACUAUUCUGUUUGAAAAACUUCAUCCAUCCAAUGAAGACCUUCUGACUUUGACGACAGACCAUCUCAGUGAAUUUGCAGGGGAAGGCCUUCGAACCUUGGCCAUUGCAUACAGAGAUCUGGAUGACAAGUACUUUAAAGAGUGGCAUAAGAUGCUUGAAGAUGCAAAUGCUCUCAUGGAUGAGAGGGAUGAACGGAUAGCUGGGCUAUAUGAAGAAAUUGAAAGGGAUUUAAUGCUACUAGGUGCCACUGCUGUGGAAGAUAAGUUACAAGAGGGUGUUAUUGAAACAAUUACAAGUUUAUCACUGGCCAAUAUUAAGAUCUGGGUCCUAACAGGAGACAAACAAGAAACUGCCAUCAACAUUGGCUAUGCCUGCAACAUGCUGACUGAUGACAUGAAUGACGUGUUCAUUAUAGCAGGGAACACAGCAGUGGAAGUCAGAGAAGAACUCAGAAAAGCAAAGGAAAAUUUGUUUGGACAAAACAGAAGUUCUUCCAACGGCGAUGUAGUUUUUGAAAAACAGCAGCUGGAGCUGGACUCAGUUGUAGAAGAAACCAUAACAGGAGAUUAUGCCUUAAUCAUAAAUGGCCACAGUUUGGCCCAUGCCCUAGAAAGUGACGUCAAGAACGAUCUCCUAGAACUCGCCUGCAUGUGUAAGACCGUGGUUUGCUGCCGAGUCACCCCACUUCAGAAAGCCCAAGUAGUAGAGCUGGUGAAGAACUACAGGAACGCUGUCACUUUAGCCAUAGGCGAUGGAGCCAAUGACGUCAGCAUGAUCAAAAGUGCUCACAUUGGCGUUGGCAUCAGCGGCCAGGAAGGACUGCAGGCAGUCUUAGCCAGUGACUAUUCAUUUGCACAAUUUAGAUACCUCCAAAGGCUUCUCCUUGUUCAUGGAAGGUGGUCCUAUUUCCGAAUGUGCAAAUUCUUAUGCUAUUUCUUCUAUAAGAAUUUUGCAUUCACACUUGUGCAUUUCUGGUUUGGUUUCUUCUGUGGUUUCUCAGCCCAGACUGUUUAUGAUCAGUGGUUCAUUACCCUUUUUAACAUUGUCUACACAUCCCUGCCUGUUUUAGCCAUGGGCAUUUUUGACCAGGAUGUGAGUGACCAGAACAGCAUGGACUAUCCCCAGCUCUACGAACCUGGACAGCUGAACCAACUGUUUAACAAGCGUAAAUUUUUCAUCUGCAUGGCACAUGGCAUCUACACCUCACUGGCCCUUUUCUUCAUCCCCUAUGGAGCCUUUUACAAUGCGGCCGGAGAAGAUGGGCAGCACAUAGCUGACUACCAGUCUUUUGCAGUCACCAUGGCUACAUCAUUGGUCAUUGUGGUCAGUGUGCAGAUAGCUUUGGAUACCAGUUACUGGACUGUCAUUAAUCAUGUCUUCAUCUGGGGCAGUGUUGCCACUUAUUUCUCCAUUUUAUUUACAAUGCACAGUAAUGGCAUCUUUGGCAUGUUCCCAAACCAGUUCCCAUUUGUUGGAAAUGCACGACAUUCUUUGACCCAGAAGUGCAUCUGGCUUGUUAUCCUCUUAACAACUGUGGCUUCAGUUGUGCCUGUGGUGGUACUCAGAUUUUUGAAGAUGGAUUUAUGCCCAACCCUGAGUGACCGGAUCCGUCAGAGGCAAAAGGCUCAAAAGAAGGCAAGGCCCUUACGUAGUCGAAGGCCUCAGACUCGCAGGUCAAGCUCAAGAAGAUCUGGAUAUGCUUUUGCUCACCAAGAGGGCUACGGAGAGCUUAUCACAUCUGGAAAAAAUAUGCGAGCUAAAAAUCCACCCCUAACAUCAGGGUUGGAAAAGACACUGUAUAAUAGCACUAGCUGGCUUGAACAUUUCUGUAAGAAAACCACAGACACAGUGAGCAGCUUUAGCCAGGAUAAGACAGUGAAACUGUGAGUCAAGAUGAAUUUGAACCACAUAGUGACUUUUCAGCUGAAGCUGAAAUUCAGCUGGCUCCAGAGUUUGGGAUUGGGGGUUGGGGUGGGGCAGAUUGCCUCACUUAAUUUAAAUCUGUGGCAGACAGCUGCCAGUGCCCACCAAAUAGAGGUGCACUGUAUGGGAAACCAGGCCAGAUGGUCACUGUCUAAAUCAUGAUUUGCUGGGCAAAGGCCUCACAAUACAAGCAGAAGUUUUCAUCAACCUAGAUACCAACUAACUUAAACUUUAGAAUCUUAUGUAUGGAAAAAAACCUGUAAAUCUGCAUAUACAGUGAAUGGAUCUUCAAGUGGAUAAAAGGGUGCCUUCAGAAGGUAUACAUCCCAGCUGUGAAAAGCAUGCUUGUUGACAGAUAAAUACAUGUAAGACCAACCUUUCCCAAGAUACAUUUUUAAGAUGUACAACGUAUACUAUGGUGCUUUCCGACUAAGAGCAGCUCGUGACUCUCUGUCUUCAUAUCCACAUACCUGUGCGUUUACCCAGGACAACACAUCACCUUCAUGGCCUGAAGACUAAAAACAUGUUGGUGUUCCUCAUUUUUUUACUGGUCUAAAGACAAAGGAGAUUGGAGCAUCUUAACAGUAGGAUAAGCUGGGAAUUUGGUGAAAUGUAUUCACAAAGCUCUCAGGGACAUGCUCAUGAAAUGUCCAAGAGAGGUUCUCUAUUAAGUAUUCCAAACACUUUUCAAUGACUUUUAUAACAACCUCAGUAGUAAUUUACCUUGAAUCGUCCAGAACCAUUAAUGAAACCAGCAUAGCAUUGGAAUUUCAUACUUUAAUGAUAAUAUUCCAAAUAGUGUAUGGGUAAAUACUUUAAAUAUUUCCAAUUUUAAAAAGUUUAGGUUUGAAACCUGACAAAUUAAUAAGCAACCGCUUCAAUUACUAUUUAAAUACUCAGGCUUAGGUCUUUCAUAGUUAGUUGCCUUUGGUAUUUAACUGUCGUGUUUAUAAUUCAAACAUAAACAUAUGUAGAUAAAGUUAGUUUUCUGGAGAUGUUCCUGUGCAGAUUUUCAGUCCACAUGUGAGUCACCAGUUUAGUUCCUGUAAAGGAAUUUCAGGCAGAUUUGUGUUCAGACUCCAGCUCUGUUACUUCUUACCUCUCUAACCUUGGGCAGGUCCUGUGCCUCCUCCAAGACUCACUUUCUCCUCUGUAAAUGAGGAUAUACUACCUACCUCAUGUGGUUGGUUGAGGAUUAUCAAAGCACAGAUUCUUAAAUCAUUGAAAACAUUAUUCUCAUAUGAAUGGAGUUCCACUUAACUUAUCAUUGGAAUAACAGCAAUUUGAAGAGAAUGUGAAGAAUGGUAAUUUAAUCAGUAGGAAAGACCUUGAUGGAAUGAGAUUGCAGAGUAAGAUAUUAAACCUGGUUAGCAUCCUACAGA